AUGGGGAGCUUAUGUAACUGUGCUUUCGAGGAAGAGAUAAAGAAAUAUUUUGGAGAGGAUAUUUUAGGAGCAUUUAGAAAUACUAUUUUUGGAAUGUUUCUAGAUUUUCCACAGUAUAACUGGAUAGGACAGAUUUCAAAAUGCCUACUUAUACUUGAAAUUCAGCAGGAUAACAAGAAUGAGAUUUAUGUUUGGGUAAAAGGGGAAAUCCUCAAAUUCACAAUGUUAGAAUUUGUCAUUAUUACCGGUCUUAAGUGUACCGAUAAUAUUGAUGAUUAUAUAAAUAUUUCAUCAUCAAAAUCAGCAUUGAUGUCGAGGUAUUUUCCCGACAAUAAAGGAGUAAUAACUCGAUCAGAACUGAUAACACAGCAUAAGAAAGCACUAAUCAGUGUUGAAAACUUUCAUAUGGUCGAGGACGAUCGGUACAAUCACUUUUCAUGGGGGAAGGUCACAUUUGAAAAGUUAAUGAGUUCCUGGCAACAAGAUUUCAAUAUUGCAAAGCAGUUAUAUUCAUGGGUGGAAUGCCAUUUUGAGAUAUCUGAUCCAACAACUUAUGCUGCAACAUCCAUUUCUGGAAAGUUGAAAAGAACCGCAGAUGAAGUUCAACAGUGUGUCGGUACCAUUGCUGAAGAAUUUGGUGAUUUCAGCACUAUACCACCGCAGAAAAUCCUCAUAAAGGCUGGUUUUGCAUCGCCUGUAUCACCUGACUACCCUUUGAAGAAAAGAAAAACUGUGAUGUUCGAGCAAGAUAGUCAAGCGGUGAUGGAUGAUGAUACAUCUAGACGUGAUCACCCAGUACUUUAUGUGUCUGGUUUGUGUAGUGAAAUGCAUAAGGAUGCAGCAGACAAGGGAGAAAUUGGUGAGUCUGAAAUUCAACAUCAUCAUCAUGGAGAAAUUAGUGUGUCUCUUCAGAGUCACCAGCACAAGUCUGUUCCUUCGUCUUCCACACAGCCUGAAGGGACUUCUAAACCAAGUUUAGAUGGUGAUGAAAUAAAGAAUUACAUCAACAAAUGUUUUGCUGACAAGAUGGCUGAACUGGUUUCACUAAUAUCAAAAAUACCUUCUGAGGUCGUCAAAGCAUUGAAGAAUGAUGAAAAUAAGCAAUCACAGGAGGAUAAAAUUGAUGAACAACAACAAAGUCAAGAAGACGGAUUCAAGAAACAGGAGAGUCCACACAAGGAGGAUAUGCAUGACGUGAAUGCGGCCGAAAAAGAGGCAGGUCGUGAGGAUGAUUUUGAAAAUGAGGACUGUUCUGAUUUGAAAGCUUUGGAGGAUGUGAAUGUAACCGCUAAAGAAGAUGGUAAUGAAGUGGAUUUGAAAAAACAGAAAUCUAUUAAUAUGACAGAUGUGCAGGAUGAAGUGGGUGGGACAGUAACUGAUUCAAUACAAGCAGUUGUAGAUACAAUUUUAUUUGGUCUAUUAACACCUUCGACUACAAAGACAUUGGAUGUUGGUGCUUCAAAUAAAAUGACUGAAAGCCAAUGGGACGUUCCAGACAAUCAAAUUCCACUUGACUUCCUUGAUGCUCAGGUUCGGGAGCUUAAAGCAUCAAAAGCAAAAGCACCUGCCAAACGGGAAAGAAAGAAUUCCAGGGUUUUAAGGUCACCAUACAUUUCAAAGUAUGGUUCUGGCUCUAAGGAUGAGGGAGAUUCCGAUAAAGAGGAGAAGCUGAAGUAUACUUUUGAUGGGUACACCAUUAACCAAGAUUUGUCGAAUGAAUUGAUGAUCGACUACUCCCAGUGGAUUGCCGUAGGAUUACUGAAAACUCAUUCUGCUAAGAAAGAAACGGACAACCACGAUCGAGUAAAUGCUUUGGGAUUAGAUUACAAACAAUUAAACUUUGUCGUUGCACACCCACAGUCCAAGAAUUGAUUUUACUUGAUGUCCAAACGCAAGACAUGCCGAAACGAUGAAGUAACUUAUUCUAAAUAUUAUCCAUAUCAUAAGUUCUUUUGUUGAUACUUAAUAUUC